AGACCAGAGCCCAGACAGAGACAGCACAAAGAGAGACAGAGAGCCAGGAGAUACAGCCAGCUGAAGCAUCACUAUCCCCUUGAACAAACAGCCUAAUCACAGACACAACACCAGACCUUAAGACUGAUCAACAAGACCCAUUGGAGGCGAUAAAUUCAAGACAGAUCUUCCUACAGCAGAGAUGAUGCCAGUCAAUACCGUCCUGGAGAAGAGUAAUGGUGUGGUGGUGGGAGCUGAGCUGACCUGCAGCCUAUGGGAGGAGAACAAGGCUCACAGGGAGAGCUACAGCGCUGACUGGCAUAGUGUCAGUCUCAAGACUCAACCUCAGGACAGGCAGACGAUGAACAUGAAUGACGACUCUCGUAGGGAGACUCUUUCCCGGCAGUGGCAGGCCCGUCCGCUGAAACAGAUCUGCCCCUCUGGUGUCUUCAGAGUGGGCACUGUGGAAAGAGGGGUGAGGGAGCACCAGCUGCUGCCAAAGAGAAAAACCCUCCCCUUGCCAAUCUUCACUCCCGCAGAGUUGGGUGUCAGGCUUGGACGUGGAGCCCCACACUCCGAGGAGGACCUGUAUACCUUCCCCACCCCAGACGGAGUCUGUCCCAGUAAGAGGACCGUGGACGAGAUCACAAGAGACCUCCCCCCAGUCAAGCCAACCCUCAUGGAGUUCUUCAAAGCACCCAGAGACCUGGGUCGCUCCAUGUCUCAAGAGGCCCAGAGAGGGUGAAAAACAAAAAGAGAAAGAGGGGAUGUUAGGGAGGGACAAGAUGGGUGACAAUUGGGAAGGAAUAUGCAUUGAACUGUGUGUGUCAGGAAAGCGCAUGACAAGAUAUAUAUAGAUUUAUCUCAUUCAUUCAUGACAUUCAUCCAAAACUGUAAAUCUUUAGCACUAUCUGUGUUUCUUGACAAGCACAGCACCAAUCAUUGUUGGCAUUUGGUGGUCAGUGGUACUAGAAAUGGUUAGGUUAAGGCACUGUGAUGAAGAGGCAGGGUGUGUGUUCUCAGCUGUGCCAUGGGCUGAUCCCUGCCUGUGCUGGCCAGCUGGCCUCACCAUAUCACCGAUCUCUCAGUGGAAUCACUGCGACCCAAUUAUUCCUUAACAAUGCUGCAUACAACUUUUUGUUUCCUUUAUUUUGCAUUGAAAAGUGUGAAUAUCCUUGUAAGGUAAAUCAAAAGUGUUCUUGGAGAUCAGAUUAAUGGAUUAUACUUGUAAUAGGUGGUGAGGGGAUUGCUUGCUCUUGGGGGAAUUACUGGAAUUGUUGGGUCUUUAUAAAUUAUAGAGUGUGGUCUAGAUCCACUCUAUCUGUAAAGUGUCUUGAGAUAACUAAAUAGAUAAAAUUGAAUUGAAUUGAAUAACAGAAAGUGACAGAUGGAAAAUGAUAUGCAAAAGGAAAGAGGGAGAGUCAGAGGGGAAGAGGAGGGGUGAGGGGUCUGGGUAUGCAACUCCCAGGCCUCUACAGGUCCUUGACAAUAUCUGUGAAGAGUACAGAAUGCUCCGGUGUGAUCACACACUGCAGCUGUACAUAUGUGUGUGUGCCAGCUGACACCUCUAAUUAGGAGGAAAACUAAUAACACACUGUGUAUUAAGUGAUCUGUCUUGUUAGUUGAUAUGUGGACAGAUACAGAUUAGUUAAGAAUGCCUAUUUUCUGAAUUAAUUUGAAAUGUGUGCAAUCAUGUUGAAAUGUUUUUCCUAGAUAUUUAUAUUUUUACUAAUAAAAGCUGAGCUGCUCUUCA